AUGAUAUGUGGCAAUGCUGCUGGAGAAAUUUUACCACCUUACGUAAACUACAAGUCAGACAAUAUGUGGAGCACGUGGACAGAAGGUGGGCCACCUGGCACUCGUUACAAUCGGCCAGAGUCCGGUUGGUUUGAUACUAGUACAUUCGAGGAUUGGUUCUUUUCAUUGGUUCUGUCCACUUUACGUAGGCAAGAAGGGAAGAAGCUUCUCAUUGGGGACAACUUAAGUUCUCAUAUAAAUAUGGAAGUUUUAAAGGCAUGCAAGUCUCAUAAUAUCGCAUUUGUGGCUUUACCACCAAAUAGCACCCACCUUACACAGCCUUUGGAUGUGGCCUAUUUUAGGCCUCUUAAACUGCGCUGGCGUCAAAUCUUAGACCAAUGGAAGGAAACACCUGAAGGGUAA